AGAGAUGGAAACAGGAGCUGAUGGAGAGGACUGUGGAGGAGCAGAACCAGAGAGGGACUCAGAUCCAGAGAGACGUUUAUAUCCAGAGAUCGAGGUGAAGACUGAAGACUCAUCUGAACCUGAAACUGAAGACUUUCAUGAUGUUUGGAAGAGGAACAGAAAACAUGAGUCAGAUUUAAAUGAUAAGAGAACAAAGACACACUGCUGCUCUGAGUGUGGGAAAACAUUUUCCCGUAAAGGAUCUCUGUCCAGACACAUGAUACUCCAUUCAGGAGAGAAACCGUUCAGUUGCUCCCUUUGUAGUAAAAGAUUUAAUCAAAAGCAUAUUCUGACACUCCACAUGGCUCAUCACAGAGGGGAGAAACCCCUCAGCUGCAGCGUUUGUGACCAAAGAUUCUCUUGGCCUUUCCAGUUACAGAGACACACUCGUGUUGGCUGUCCUUCUUCAGAGACUCAUGAGAACCAAACUGAGCUAAACAGAGAAGCAGAAACAGGAGAGGACUGUGGAGGACCAGAACAAGCCAGGAACUCAGAUCCAGAGAGACGUUUACAAACACAGACCGAGGUCAAGACUGAAGGUUUGAACUCUGGGGACAGAAUUAAAGAUAAGGGACCAAAGACUGAGGAGACAUCAGUGAGCUCCUCUCAGUGUGGUAAAACAUUCAAAUGGACAAAGAAUGUAAUCGAACUCACAAGAAUUCACACUGAAGAAAAACCCUUCAGUUGUUCUGAGUGUGGUAAAAUAUUUAUCCACAAAAGAAGUCUGACCAGACACAUGAUCAUUCACAGAGGAGAGAAACCAUUUGGUUGUUCCGAGUGUGGUAAAAGUUUCAAUCAGAAGCAUACCCUCACACUCCACAUGGCGCGUCACAGAGGGGAGAAAGCUUUCGGAUGCUCUGAGUGUGGGAAAAGAUUCAGCCGAAGGUCUUAUCUUGCAUCUCACAUGGGAAACCAUGAUGAAGAGAAACCACUCAGCUGCUCUGAGUGUGGUGAAAAUUUCAACUGUAAGGGAAGUCUAACAGCACACAUGAUCAUUCACACAGGAGAGAAACCAUUCAGCUGCUCAGAGUGUGGUAAAAGAUUUAACAGUAAAGCAAAUGUGACCAGACACAAGAAAGUUCACAUUGAAGAACAAAAAUUAGAGAAACCCUUUGGCUGUUCUGAAUGUGUUAAAACAUUUAAACAAAAGUCUCAUCUGACGAUCCACAUGGCUCAUCACAGAGGGGAGAAACCCUUCAGCUGCACUGUUUGUGACAAGAGAUUCAUUUGGACUUUUCAGUUAAAAAGACACAAGUGUGUUGGUGGUCAGGCUUCAGAACCCAAUCAAAUCCAAACUGAGCUAAACAGAGAGGCAGAAACAGGAGCUGAUGGAGAGGACUGUGGAGGAUCAGAACAAGUCACCAACUCGAAUUCAGAGAGACAUUUACAUCCAGAGAUUGAGGUCAAGACUGAGGACUUUUCUGAACCUGAGACUGAUGACAGUGAUGAUUGGAAGGAGAGCAGAGAACAUGAGUCAAGUUUAAACUCUGUGGACAACAUGAACGAUAAGAGAAGAAAGACACACAGCUGCUCUGAGUGUGGUAAAACAUUCAUAAGGAAAUGGCAUCUGAUUGAUCACAUGAGAAUUCACUCGGGUGAGAAACCCUUCAGCUGCUCUGAGUGUGACAAAAGAUUCAACUGUAAAGGGAAUCUGAAUAGACACAUGAUAGUCCACAGAGCAGGGAAAGCCUUCAGCUGCUUUGAAUGUGGUGAACAUUUUAGUCAGAAGAGAUAUCUGAGCAGACACAUGAUGGUUCAUACCCGGGUCAAACUAUUCAGCUGCUCUGAGUGUGAUGAAAGUUUUCAAUUGAAGACAGAUCUUAUGGCUCACAUGGAGCAGCACAGUGUAGAAAAACCCUUCAGCUGCUCCGAGUGCGGAAAAAGAUUGACCAAUAAAGGUUCUCUGACCAGACAUAUGAUCAUUCACUCAGGAGAGAAACCAUUCAGCUGCUCUGAGUGUGGUAAAAGAUUUAGUCAAAAGCAAAGCCUGACUCUCCACAUGGCUCAUCACAGAGGGGAGAAACCCUUCAGCUGCAGAUCAUGUGACCAAAGAUUCUUUUGGCCUUUUCAUUUAAAGAAUCACACGUGUGUUGGGGGUCAGACUUCAGAGCAUCAGAGACCAGAUACAGGAGCUGAUGGGAAUGAUUGUGAAGAACCAGAUCUUAUCCCCUCUCCCUCCAUCUCAUCGCUGAAGCCUGCUGCAGAUUGGGCAGACGGCUGUUCAUCAUGAUUCGGGUUUUGCCGAGUCUCUAAAUGUUGCUGAGUGCUGUGCUGUGCUCAUGAUAGAUGACUUGAUUUGUACCCGUAGGCGUCCAUCAUGAAACACAGAUUACAAAACAGAUGUAACAACGAACAACACAUUGGAGAGAAAGAGAAUUAUUAAACGGACUCAAACAGGAUAAUAAA